AUGAAGCAGGAAGCUUUAGCCAAUGGGUCAUAUCAACCGAAGCAAACAAGUGGGAAGGGAACAAAGCAUCUAUACAAUGACGCUUCAGCUUCUAAUAGAACAAGCUUCUUAUCCACAAAACUCGAGGACGACGAUUUCACUGAUCACCUCUUUCCAGCGACAAAGAAUCAAAGAGAAACUCUAAGACUUCACAGAAACACCAGGUUCAAGGUUUGCGAUGUUGGUAUGAAGCAACAUUGGCGUAGCUGUGUGAUGAAAUUGGAUGCGCAUGUUGCAGUAGUGUUGAAAGUUGCAGAAACAAUGAUGAAGAUGAUGUAG